AUGAAGUACGCCACUAUCCUCGCCCUUGCUGGCGUCUCCUCCGCCGCUGUCACCAAGACUCUUCCCAAGUCUGCUGGUGUCACAUCUUUCCCUACUGCUGUUCCCGUAAAGGGUAGCUUCGAUGGUGGCAUGAAGCGAUUCGAGCGAAGCACCAACGUUUGCCAAGGUCAGAAAGAGACUGGCGAGAAGGACGCCAUGUUCAUUCUUGAGGCCGGUGCCACUCUUUCCAACGUCAUUAUUGGUGCUUCUCAAGCUGAGGGUGUUCACUGCAAGGGAACUUGCACCUUGAACAACGUCUGGUGGGCCGACGUCUGCGAGGACGCCAUUACUCUCAAGCAAACCAGCGGCACAUCCUUCAUCAACGGUGGUGGUGCCUUCCAUGCCUCUGACAAGAUUGUUCAGUUCAACGGCCGUGGCACCGUCCAGAUCAAGAAUUUCUACGCAGAGGACUACGGCAAGCUGGUCCGCAACUGCGGCAACUGCAAGGACAACGGCGGUCCUCGCAACAUCAUCAUCCAGGACUCUGUCGCUGUCAACGGUGGUGUCCUGUGCGGUAUCAACACCAACUACGGCGAUACCUGCAAGAUCACCAACAGUUGCCAGAACAACGGCAAGUACUGCGAUCGCUACCAGGGUAACUCGGAUGGUUCUGAGCCUCCCAAGAUUGGAUCCGGCCCUGAUGGAAAGUUCUGCAUCACUAGCGGUGCGACCAAGACCUGUUAA